AUGACAGUGCCAUCCUAUCGUAUUGGAUCUAUUCCUGGAGAUGGGAUUGGCCUUGAGGUCAUCUCAGCUGCCAUCGAGGUAGUUAGGAAGCUUUCCUCGACGUUGAAGACGUUCUCGAUUGAAUUCACCGAUCUUCCAUGGGGAUCUGAUUACUGGAAGAAGACUGGCUCCUACGUACCUGAGGAUUAUCUGGAAACUUACCGGAAGUUCGACGCCAGCCUAUUUGGAUCUGUGGGCGCACCCGAUGUUCCAGAUCAUGUUUCCCUUUGGGGUCUUCUUCUUGCCAUUCGGAGUCCUUUGCAGCUGUUCGCCAAUGUCCGUCCAGUGCGAACGUUCCCCGGAACUAAAAGCCCUCUCGCGAAUCCACCCCCCGAAGGAAUCGACUGGGUCCUUGUGCGAGAGAAUUCCGAAGGUGAAUAUUCGGGGCAUGGCGGUCGCUCUCAUGUUGGUCAGCCUUGGGAAGUAGCGACUGAAGUGGCCAUAUUUACACGUGUGGGAGUGGUUCGCAUUCUUCGAUUUGCAUUCGAGACUGCGCAAUCCCGGCCACGAAAGCACUUGACGGUCGUUAGUAAAAGCAAUUCCCUACGCAACGGACUUGUUCUUUGGGAUGAGGUGGCAGCAGAAGUUGCCCGGGACUUCCCUGAUGUAACUUGGGACAAGACUUUGGUGGAUGCCAUGACCAUUCGCAUGGUCAACAACCCCCAUACUAUUGACACUAUUGUGGGCACAAAUCUCCAUAUGGAUAUUCUGUCUGACCUGGCCGCUUCGCUUGCGGGAUCAAUUGGCAUUGCUGCUUCCAGUAACUUAGAUCCUACUCGAAAAAAUCCCUCAAUGUUCGAGCCGGUCCACGGUAGUGCGUUUGAUAUCACCGGGAAGGGACUUGCCAACCCCCUUGGAGCUAUCUGGUCAGCGGCUGACAUGCUGACAUGGCUGGGUGAAGCGCCGGCAGCUGAUCACCUAAUGGAAUGCGUGAAGGCCGUCUGUCGAGCAGGUAUCUUGACGGCGGAUCUUGGGGGAAAUGCGAAGACACAGGAUGUUGUGAAUGCAAUUUGCGAAGAGAUUGAGCAUCGGGGUCUGGGAUAG